AUGUUCAAUAGACCUAACCGGACGUUUAGGAUCAAGUACAGAGACGUGGAUGGUAAAGACCGCCUCUGGGAAGGAGUUGAGAGAAAGACACGCGCAGCAGGCAGUUCAGUCGACGCGGUGCAUAUCGUUGCCGUGUUAAAGAAAGAAACUGGCCCAGAGCUUCUGCUCCAGCGACAGUUCCGCCCGGCCGUGGGUAAAAUCUGUAUCGAACUCCCCGCUGGACUGCUUGACAAAGGCGAAACCGUCGAACAGUGCGCGAUCCGCGAACUCGCAGAAGAGACAGGCUACGUCGGUACCAUCAAGCCGGAUUCGCAUGGGAACAGCCCGAAGCUUUUCGGCGCCCCUGGUUUCUCCAAUUCCUGCUCUGUCAUGGUCCAUGUUGAUAUAGACAUGCAAGCAGAGGACAAUCGCAAUCCCAAGCCGCGCUUGGAAGAAGGGGAGUUCAUCGAAUGCUUCUCACUGCCCUUGACCAGCCUUUACGUCGAAUGUAGGAGACUUGAGGCCGAAGGUUAUGCUAUCGAUGGAAAGCUCGGGUCUUUGAUAGAGGGCUUUCACAUGUCUCAGGUGUGGCGGACCUAA